AUGGCCUCCACCAAUAGCGUCAAUGGGGCUCAGGAGUCGGCGCAUGUGACCGUCGAAGAGUUUCUUCAACCAUCCUAUGAUUAUCUCAUCCGCGGUGGUGGUACAGCCGGGUUGACAAUUGCUGCUCGCUUGGCUGAGAAUCCUAACGUCACCGUUGGUGUCAUUGAGGCUGGGAAGAACAAACUUGGAGAUCCUUUUGUCGAUGUUCUUGCUUUUCAUCUCCAGACGUUGGGAAACCAGGACUACGACUGGGCAUUCCACACCAGUCCUCAGGUAGGAAACAAAAAUAAGAUCCAUUACGUGCCUCGAGGCAAACUUCUGGGCGGCUCAAGCGGUAUCAACUACUUGUAUGCUCGGGGAUCACACGAAGACUACGGUGACUGGGCAGAAUUGGCAAAUGAUCCUUCCUGGUCUGCAGCCGAAACCAAGCAAUACAUGCGAAAGCACCAAACACUGGAGCCAUUCGAUGAUCGAAUUACUGAUCGAACAACCAUGCCGAUUGUUCAGGAAUACCAUGGCACCAGCGGUCCCAUCCGCACCAGUUUCAAUGACUAUAGAAUGCCCAUUGAAGAUGAUGUUAUGAAAGCGGCUGAGCUGACUUCCGGCUUCACCAAGAAACCAACCGACUCCUGGAGCGGCGACCACAUCGGUUUCUUCACCACCCUGGGGACAGUGGCACGAACUGGACCAAACAAGGGCCAACGAAGCUACGCAGCUCGUGGGUAUUUCCAGGCUAAUCAACAUCGCCCGAAUCUCAAAGUCAUCACCGAAUCACUUGUCAUUAGAGUGCUCCUGGAGAACAAAGCCGCCACAGGUGUCGAAUUCGUGAACAACGGACAGAAACAUACCGUCAAAGCAAACCGUGAAGUUAUUGUUGCCGGCGGCGCUAUUCAAUCUCCACAAAUCCUCGAGUUAUCGGGAAUUGGCGACCCUGAGGUUCUCAACCGAGCAGGCGUCGAGUGCCUCGUCGAAUUGCCUACUGUCGGAACCAAUUACCAGGACCGCGUGUUGAUUGGUACCGUCUACCUCCUCGCCGACGGCCAAAUAUCUGCAGAUGCUAUCCACAAACCUGAAGUUAUGGCCGCGGCGCAAAAGGCGUUAGUCGAGGAACAAGGAGGUCCUCUCACAUGCAUCCAACCCAUCCAAGGCUUCUUACCUGUCUCCAUUGCCCCUGAAGACGGCGAAAUGGAUGAAAUCAUCAAGUCAAUCGAAUCUACCACGCCAGUGACGCCUUUCCAGAAGAAACAGUGGAAUCAAGAAUCCCUUAACGGCGCUGCAGACCAGACCAAACUGAUCCCCCCUCCUGCCGACGUCAAUGGACCUUACGCCAUCACGCUGGACAUGUGUCUCCCAUACCCCGUCUCUCGAGGUCAUGUGCACAUCACCUCCUCCGACCCAACGGCCUGCCCCGAAGUCAAUCCCAACUACCUGCACCACGCGGCCGACGUCACCGUCCUGGCCGCCGGGUUGAAAUUCCUCGAAAAAGUCGCUCAAGCACCAGCUCUAAAGGACAAACUCACGAAAUGCGUCUAUCCUGAGCCCGACCAGUUUCCCCUCGACACGAUCGAGCAGCGUCGCGAAGCGUGCCGCGAGUACUGUCUGGGCGAAUACCACAGCUGUGGCACCUGCGCGAUGGGUUCGACGGUCGACUCCCGCUUGAAAGUCUACGGUUUGCAGAAUCUCAGAGUCGCUGAUGCUAGCAUUUUCCCUAACAGUGUCAGUGGCAACAUUGUCAGCAGCGUGUAUAUGGUUGCAGAGAAAGCGGAGGGAACUCAUUGUGACUUGACUUCGACCCGAGGGACUGGGGAUGGAGCUAGAAGCAAGGAGCUAGGGCAGUGA